UACAGCCAGAUCCAAACGGAUAACUCAUGAACCAGGAUUUAUUUGCAGCAGGUGAUGUUGCAUUUUCUGUUAACAGAGAUGAAAGAUGGUUCCAGGACUUUAAAAGUAUCUUAUCAUGUCAAGUAAUGUACAGAUAUAUCUAGCCCAGAGUACAAUGUUGACAAUGUAAAAGAAUAUUUUCAAGUCUUGUGUAGUAGGCAACUGCAAACAAAAAAAAAUUUCAGUAAAUUGAUUGGAAUGAUCAAAAUAAUUUUCUGUUGCAGUUUAAAAUUUUGUAUCAUCAAAAUUGGUCUGUUAUCAUGAUUAUAACUGUCAAUGGAAAUUUAACGGGGCUUUGUAUCAUUGCACUAUAACUGAUGCCAUGAUGUCAGAAAGUGACCGGUGUCCCUCUGAUCACCCUUCCUCUUCCCCUUCGUCUUCGGCAACCAUUUUUUACAUGCAGAGAAAUUGUGUUCCCCAACAAGAAAUAAUUGGUAUUCAGUCUGGUAUGUUUAGAAUGCCAUCAGUAAAACCUUGUAUAGUGCCACAAAACUUUUGUAAAAGUGAAAAUUCAAGCAGUAAUUGUACACAAUUCCAUGAUAGAAAUGUCAAUGAAGUUGGCAGACAGAGGCAAGAAAUUCUUAUCCAUACUCAUAAUGAUGUUGCUGGUACAAGCCUUAAUUAUAAGAAUUCAGAAAAAUCAGUUAAGAGGGGCAAUGUUCAAAGUGUUUCUGUGUGUCCAAGUACGUCAUUAGGUAUUAAACGAAAGCAUGCACAAGUUUCUCACAGAAAUGUGUAUGGUAUGUCCAAAAACUGUAAAUGUAGUCAUGAUGAUUCUUAUACAACAGGCUAUACAAGUGAUGAUAGUGAAGAGGAUAACUUACAUAGCAAAAGAUAUCGAUCAAGGACACACCAAAAUGUUGGAUUGAUGAAAGCUUAUCCAAGUUCAUUCAGCAAAAGGGAAAUUGAUCAUUGUGGUGGGCGUCCCUUAUUGAGGGAUAAAGCCCUCAAAGAUUCUCAUACUCCGACCAAGCAGUGCCCUACUUAUUUUCAACAUCUAAAACAAGACCCUGACUUUGGAUGUACCAGUAAAUAUGAAAUGGAACCCGUAUGGGAAGAAAGAAAGUUUCAGCUAGCUAUAAGGGAACAGCAGAUAUGUAAGGCUGAAGAGGCCUUAAAACAAGAGGAGGAAAAGGCACAGGAAUGCUUGAAGCUUGCAUUACAACAACAGGAAUUGGCUUUAAAUGAAAGAGAAGAAGCCCUAAGGAUACGAGAAGCUGCAGUACAGAGAAAAUUGGAACAAGCGACAAAGCUUUUUGAAGAAUCAAGAAAAGCUGUUGAUUCUAACAAGUUAAGGAUAGGUAAAGGAACCAGAGGUUUUAUUGGCCAUAGUUCUGAUCCAACCAGUUCCAUUGGUCAUAGUUCUGAUCAAACCAGUAAGUUCAGUUAUCCAUUACAAUUCAGUCAUGACAAUCAUGAUAUUUUAAGUACAAACUUUGAAAAGAAUCCAACUGAAAACAGUAAUGAAGACCAGGUAGACCAGAUUAAUUUGGGAAACAAAGAUAUUUUCAAAGGACUUAAUGUUGAUAAGCGUCACCCUCUUUCUGAAAAAGUCCCUACUAUAGAGAAAAAAUGUGAUCUCAGCUUGUUAUCAAAAAGUGACACUUAUACUGUUUCCUCACCUAAACAGGAAAUCUCCAGUUCAAGUUCAUCAAGUUUUACAAGAAAUACAUUUCUCUCAGAAGAUGUACAAGGGUUACAUCAUGUGUCAGAGAAGUGCGAAAACAAACCAAGUUUAGAGCCAGGAAAGGUUGUUCGUACUUAUACCAGAGCCAACAAGUUUCAACCAGUAUCUGAAACAUCAGGUCCUUCUGUGCUGUGUAAGACAGAUGCAUCCAUACCUCCUCGGGCUCAUAGUGUAACUCCCAUUGCAAAAUCUUCAUUACUUGCUAGUAAUUCUUUGUGUUCUGUUGGUGCAGUUUGUAAUGAAGAGACUGUCAUUAAUGGAGGUGCAUCAGUCACAAUUACACCUUUAACAGCAAGUGACAGACCACCUAGAUCAUUUAGUGCUAUUCCUAAGCUUGAGUGUUCUCUGGAAUAUGAGGAUGAACAGUGUGAAGAACCCUCUAAGCCUUUAACUCAAAUGUUUACACCAGUGGAUAGCAUAGCAGACUUGGAAUCAAAAGGUACAUCCAUAUGCAAUAAUCAAACCAAAGAUAAGCCAGUGUUAGAUCAGUUUAAAGUCCUUCCUUCAAAGUAUGUCAACCUAAAACCAGUCCCACCUGUGGAAAAAUGUGAUUCACAAAGAUUAUUGAAUCAUGAGCUUAAAAGUGAAACAUCCAUAUAUUCAUAUGAUGCAUUGGGUAGCAGUGGUGCUGCAGAAAGUAAGGGUAAUUCAUACACACUUAAUUUGCACUCAAACAGUAGUAUGUCACUGAAAGGAGGAUUGUAUCCUGGGGCAAUCAAGAUGAAUAGCAGUUGUGGUAAAAAGAAAGCAAAUUUAUCCAUGAGAACUUUGGCUGUGAUAUCUAUUCCAGGUUGUGAAAAAGAAGAUACUGAGUCACAGGAUCAUUGUGAAGUAAAAUUGAAACCACAUAAUCAUGGAUAUUGCAAAUCAGCAGAGUGUUGUAAAACAGAUGUUAACUUAAGUUCACCAAAUGUAAAUGAUGUAGGUAUUACACGAACACAAAAUUUUGUAUGUGGUACCAGAGACAUGUCAGAAGCAGCUGAAGAAUCUUUAAACUGUGUUCAAAACAGUGUAGAUACUGCAGAGAAUUUUGAUACUCGAGAGUCUACAUUAGCAGCUAUCGAUAAAAUGCAGGUACAGUCUGGUGUACCAUGCUGUGUUGAGGAACAAAACCCACAAUCCCUUGGUAGAAAUAAUACUCAGCAGUGGCAUGGAAGGCCAUUUCUGCCGGGUGAUAUUUUGUACACUCCAGCAAAUAAACUAAAUUCACAAAUAACUCUUCCUUCUGUAAAAGAUACUUCUGUAUCAAAAGUUUUUUUUCAUGUUUCACAAGAUUCAAAAUCCCAAUUCUCAUCUAAAGCUGAUACACCAGAAUUUAAGCACAUGUCUGCUAUGCCAUCACGUUCUUUGCAAUGUUCCAAGGAGCUGGGUUUAUCAAAUAGUAAACUGAAUCAGUCAUUGAACAAUGAAGCAACUUUUUUAACAUACCAGUCUUCUAGAACUGGCAGGGACACAUCUUCACCAUAUAAAAACGAAGUGAAACCUGUUUUGUUAACAUCUACUCCAAAAACACCAGUUUCAUCAGUUCAAGGAGCAACUCUUUCAUUUGUAUCAGCACACUGUUAUAGCUCUUCACCUCCAAGAAAACAUACUGAACCACCAUCUUUUAAUUCCGUACAGUUACCAUCAUCUCCGCUGGUAGACUCAACACUGUCAAGGAAUUCAAUACCUGGCCCUUGUGUAGCCAAUCAGCAAAAUGUAGUGUCAACUACAAGCUCAAAUAGUCAUGAAAGUCCAUCUACUCAUAACAUGAUAUACUCAAAUUCAUCUCUCAUGUCCAACAGUAUUCAGUCGUGUAGUAGUGUGAAGGCUUUUAAGGAGGUAGAACAGAAAUCAUUUUUGAAGAAUUGUGACCGUCCUGGUUUUGUUGAUGAGACACCUAGUUCUGAAAAAUUGCCACAGGUGCUGAUUGUGUCCAGUGCCGGUACUCAAGGGCUUCCAAUGGUACAAGGUGCAGGGGAACAGACAGGUUCCUCAAACAUUCAGAGUGGUCCUGUAAGUUUGCAAGUUGGGAAUAUUUCACUGGUCAGAGGGUCUCAGCCACUUGACUUUCAGGAGAGUAGGACUCCUUGUAACAGCCAAUGGUCAAGCAACUUUAACACUCCUGUAUCAGAAGUACUUACAAAUCUUGGUGAUUAUGAUCCAGUUUCACAGACUUUGACUACCAGUAAUCCUAUGUUUUUGCAGUCUAUUCUUGCAAGUACUGUAUCUGCUGGGCUUACAUCAAACAGUCUUGUGACUUCUAUGGCUAAUCAUUCUCCUAAUAGAAUUGGGGAAGUACCUGCAGGGCAGAGCACUGUACAGUUACAGACAGAAGAUGCAUGUGGAAAUAGUCAGGAGCCCAUGUACAAUUCUGGUUUCACCCAAGAUCCAGUGGAUACAGAUGAGAUUGAUAUGCAGGGAAGUGAUGACAAGGACGAUGACGAUAAAAUUUUGGAGAAAGAUGAUCAUACUUGCACAAACAUAAGUCUCAUGGGGUCUAAUAAAAGCCAGAUUUCAGUCUGCCAUGCCGAAAGAAAUACUUCGAGCAUCAGUGAUAUUGACUGCAUUCCACAGGCACUCUCUGAUGUUGAAGGAGUUAGUGUAAAGUACAGUCCUAUCAAGCUACAUGAUGCUACAUCUGAUACAAGCAGAAAUUUUAGUGAUAGUGAGUCAGAGUUUUCAAGAACUGGGGAUCGUUUUUUUAUCAGCACUGGAAUUUUAAGGACUCAAGAUUUAACUAAACCAGCUUCAUCAGUGCAAGAUGGGUAUAUAGAGACUGAGUCUAAUUUGCAUGACAAUUGUUAUAGUGAUUCAGAUGAUGGCUGUAAAGUAGAAGAAACUGGAAUGGAUGUGUGCUCACCUAUCAAUCACCCUGAUGAAUUGGAAGAAGGUAAUAGUAGGUUUGAGGAGGAGAGGGAAGUUAAGGAUGUAUCAGAUUGUGAGAGACCUGAUGGAGAAAUAAGUGGAAUUUUAGAAUCGGGUAGUGUUAAUUUAUAUGCUGUGUCUGAUGCUGUGGUAGGAGAGGAUUGUAACAAAGUCAGAUUGAUAGAAAACAAUGCUAGACUCGGUGAAACACCUUUGGGUAACAAAACACAAGAUUCCUCUUAUACUUUAAAUAAAUCUGUGCUUGAUGUAACAGAAACAGAAAUGAGUGCACAAAAUUCAGACAACAUGGAGAAUACUCCUAAGAACAAUGAGCUUAUGAGUUUCAAUAGUUUCUCACCAGAAGAAAGUCAUGAUCCUAUAGCCUCCUUGAAUAAAGAACCUUCUCAAAUCACUUGUGAAGAGAGACAAAAAAAUUCAAGAAUUUCAAAAAGAAGAAGGGGCAGAAGACGUAGAGGUUUGAGUACAGGGAGUGGAAGGAAUAGAAGUAAAUCCAUUUCCAAUAAAAACAUUAAAUCAGAUCUGUUUUCCAAAUCACAAAGUGAAAUUUGUAAAGAAAAUUUAUCUUAUACUAAAGAUGAUGUUAUGGAUAAUGAAAUAGAUGGUUCCCCACUUGGAUCUAGUUUGUCAGAAAGUGAAACAAAAUUAGGUCUUUCUUUAGUCAGUAACCCAGAUAAGGAGUUGGAAGGUAUAUCUGGUAAGGAUAGGGACAGUGAUGUCAAGAAGGUUGAAGAAGCACCUGAGCCAGAAAAAUUUGAACAUGUAUCACAUAGUGGAAGAAAAUUGAAGCUUAGGAGUUACUUGAUGAAAGCUGUUUCUAAAAGCAAUGUACGGAAGCAAACUAGUGCCAUCAGCCAGUCUAAAGCUGAUGAAACUGUGCUUCCUAAAGUUGUUAAUAGAAGCAAAAGUGUUAAAGGAGGGAGACCUAUUAAAAAAGCUGAAGAUAUAGAAGGAAGGAAAGUAUUGGAAGAAAAAGUUGUGUGUGAGAAAGACCCAGAAAUAAUGAAUGAGGAUUGUGACAGUAAUAGAAAUCGCUCCCACAAAAGUGCUGCAAAUAGUAAUUUAAAAUGUGGAAAAUGUGAUUAUAUUAGUGGAUCUGUGGCAAAAUUUAAUUAUCAUGCACAACAUGAACAUAAUGGUCUUGCCAGGCCAUAUGGAGAAAGUCAGGAGUUCUCAGAAGAAGAGUGGAAUUCUAUCAUAAGCAGCACCAUGAGAUCUAUGAAGAAGCUGAAAUGUGAAAUUUGUGCUAAAAUAUUCAGAUCUUUGGGAGGCUAUAAAUAUCAUGUGAAAUUUUGUGGUCAUACUGUAGAGGAAGUUCUGACAACAUGUUCAUUAUGUAUGAAACAGAUACGGCAACAUAAUCUCCAAGUUCACAUGAGAAGGUAUCAUGGCCAGAAAAUUAGAAAACGAGCUGAAGUGCCAGCGCCAGUGGAGCAAGACUUAGAUGGCCCUCGACCUAGGCGUAAAGCAGCUACAAACUGUAAUGCCAAACUGAAAGGUUGGCGAUCUGAUCAUGCAGAAGUCAAUGAUAGCGAUGUAAGUGAAGAUGGUGAUGGGAUGUGUGAUGAAAUUGGAAUUAGUAAGUUUUAUGAAAAGGAAAAAGUAGUUGUUCCAAAAGAAAUUCAGACGAAAUGGGAAGAAGAUAUAAAGCUAAAUGGUAAGGCAAACUGCAUGAAUUCUAGUUGCUCAUAUAACUUUAAAAAUGUUAGGAGUGGCCAUAAACAUUAUGCAAACUGCCCCUUUUCAAGUAUAUCCAGAAAGUACAAAUGCAAAUCCUGUAGUUAUACAUGUGGGUCUGAGGCAGAAUUUAGGGUCCAUUUUUCAGUUAAGCACAAAGACCUGACAGAGCAAGACUUAGAAAGUGACUAUGACUUGUCAGAUGAAGAAACACGUACUGUAAAUCCACGACUAGCGGGUAAGCCUAGGGUAGUUAGUAAGCAGUUGAUAGACCAAAUGAGGCCUUUUGAACCUGCUUUAAAUUGGACUUUUGAGUUUAUGUUGGAAAAUUACUCCGAAGAACUCUUUGUGGAUUUUACUGUGUCAGCAGCUGACUGGGUCUUACUGAAUGAAGAAGAGGCAAGGAAAUAUGUACCAUCUGUUGAUAUUAGUCCUAAGUUUAAAGUCAGCAUGGUGAGCAAAAUAGAAAGUAGAAACCAAUGCACAGAUUGGCAGGUUUUGGACAGGUUUUGUGGAACUAGCAUUUAUGAAGGGUAUGUGCUCUUCUCAGGGGGACCAACUUUGGCAUCUGCGUGGUGUCCACUACCCUUGAAAGAUUCCAUUAGAGAAAAUUUUCAGUUUCUAGCUCUAUCUGCAUCUUCAUACCCAGAAAAAAAGUACAGUGUACAGCAAAGUUAUUCACAUGAAGGUGUGAUUCAGAUCUGGAAGUGUCCUUCUAAUGUGGAAAAUGAAGGGGCAGUUCCUCAGUUUCAGUUAGGAAUUGCUCAUAACUUUGGAGCCGUGUGGUCUCUUGUUUGGUGCCCAUCAGGUAUUUAUAAUGUCACUCAGUCAGUUGAAUUUAAUAAUGACAGUAACUUACAGAAAAUUGGAUUGUUGGCAGCUGCAUGUUCUGAUGGCAGUAUUAGGAUUCUUGCUGUUCCAAAUCCUGCCCAACUUGAGUUACAAGGAACAUCACAGAUAUUCAGAGUAAACCCUAAAUUAACUUUGAGACCUACUGGCCUAUCUGAUGGUAACGCUCAGUGUUUGAAAGUGGAUUGGUUUCGUGGAAAAGGACACAGAUACAUUGCUGGUGCAUAUUCAGCUGGUUUUGUUUGUAUUUGGGAUGUGCAUACUUCUUCACCUAUUCUACGUGUAACAGAUUCUAUUGGAGAUAUCCUAUAUCCUGUUAAUAGUUUUUUAGCUCAUAAUGGAGUUUGUUCUACGGUGUCAUUUUGCCCCACUACUCAAGGGAGAAAUCUUUUAUCUGGAGGUAAUGACCGAACUUACAAGUUUUGGGAUCUAGAAAAUACAAAUAUGCCUUUGAGUAUGAUAAGGAAAGGUCUGGUAACAGAUUCUUGUUGGAUAUCACAUUGGGGAGGCUGUUUUGUUGCUUUUGAUGAUGUUUAUGGGUUAAGUAAUACAAACACUUGCUUCAAAGAAAAUGGGUUUUAUGGGAUACAUUCCCGAAAUGUUUUAUCUUCUAAUUCCCCUGUGUGGACAAUUAGUGGAUCAGAAUGGAUGAAUACUUUAGUCCAGGGAGAUGCCGCUGGUGAAGUGGUUAUUACUCUACAGCAACAACUUUUUAAGAAUUAUGAAAAUGAAAAGGUUCCAUCAAAAAGAAAAGUUCCAUUGUUAGCAGUAAAAUUGGAAAAACUAGGUUCAGGAACAUCAGUAGCACUUUCAGAAAGGAAUAGAAUGAAAUUUCAACAAAAGAAUAAGAAAGGGCCCAUGUCUUCUCAAGGUGAAAGUAAUUCAGAAGAAGAUGGACUUUCUUCUGUUGUCUAUUUGGACUUGCCACGAACUUACUUGGAAACAUGUGAUGGUUAUGGAGUUGUGUUUGCAGAACAAGAUUACCAUAACUUUGCUGACAUCCCAGAGGCUCAGUUGAUGGAAAGAAAACGUUCUGAAAGAAUGGAGCCUGGACCAUUAGAUUUUUAUCCAUUAAUGUCUGCAGCAACUGUAUCCUGGAAUAACAACUUUCUUUCACAUUCUUGGGUCUUGAUAGGGACACAGUCUGGUCUUUGCAGGUUGGUCAGUGUUAAAGCAAUGAUAAAUGGUACUACUAAUUUGACAGAGUCAAUAAGGAAGAAAAUAGAAAGCCUAAACUCAGGCAGACUGAGUACGUAGUUGAAAAGGAAAAGAAAAAAAAAAGCCCACAACUGAAUUUCAGUACAAGUAUUUAAUUUUAUGUUUUAGGUUAUUUUACAGCAUUUUUCAUUUGUGUGUAACCAGAAACUUCCCCUCAUGCUACCUUUUCCGUGCAAGUACUGUAUUAUGUUAGGCUCACUCCUAAUGUUCAUGAGUAAGUUCAGUAAUAUUAAGAAUCACAUUUGAAAAAUUCUUUGCUUCCAUGUUAAGGGAUCUAUUGGCAUUAUAUUUGCUGUGACAUUGUUUGAAGCCUAUCUUUGUCUCUUAAGAUAAUUUCACUGGUGUCAUUUUACUGAAUAUGAGCUGACCAAAUCCUUAGUUCCUAAUUUGAAAAGGACCAGUGUUUUACUGUAAAGUUCAUGUGAAAGUUUUUGGUAGCUUGAUUUGAAUUUAAUUUAAGAGGAUAGUGUUUUUCCUUACAACAAUUCAACACAGUAAAGGUGAGCUUGUGUUGGAAAUUUACAUUGUAUCUAAUGCUACAACACAGAACUUUCCUAUGAGAAGGCAGUAUAUAGCAUUCAAUGCUGUGUAUUCUUAAGCACAGUACUCUAAAAAUACCAGAUGAGGCCUUCUACAUGAAUGUAAUAGGGAACAAUAUUUCAGCUGAAGAAAAUGCACCCUAAUGUCAGUUAUGCUAAUAUGAAGCAAAUGAUAAGUAAUAAAUCAAACGUGGAAAAGUACGCCCAAAAUGACUUAUUAGAAAACUGGUCUUAAAUUUUAUAACUCCGUCUUGAGUUUUGUUUAUUAUCUCAUUGUCUUUAAUAAUUUAAAUUUAAGUUCAGCUGUCCUUCCCCAUUUCCUUUCUCAUAAGCUUGGGGUAAAUAAAAGCAUAGAGUGGCAUCCCAUUAGAUUUUGCUUAAAAAAUAGUGUAGAAGGCUCAUCCAAGUUUAUAACAUAAGAUGAUUAUGGUGAUGUAUUUAUGAAUAACACAUGUAUUUAUGAAUAACAUAUACGCAUCUGCCAGGUCUACUGGGUUUGAAACCCCUCUAAGAAAAUGCGUUUUGAAGUUAAAAGACAAUAAUGCCAGAAUUUUUGCUAUUAGUGCUUUUGAAAAAAUGGAUAUCAAUUAUAUAUGCUUUAUUAUGUUUGAAUUUCAGUUUUUCCUCUUUACAAACUUGACUUUUUUGGAACAUAUCAUCCAAUACUGAAUUAGUGUCUUUACCCAUAAAUUUAAACUGCUUUGCUUCAAUUUUGUCUAAGGAUGUUUUUAUAUAUAUAUAUCUAUAUAAAAAAAACAUACUUAUGCUCACGAAUGAUGGCAGACAAACAGCCACACUGUUUUUUGACUGGGCUCAUGCAUAAGUGCAAAACCCUUAUCAAUAGCUUGAUAGUUUAACUUUUGACUAAGUUUGAUAUAGCUGAUUUUCUUAGUUGUCUUACAAUGACUGGUUUAGUUUGGACUGGCCGAGUCAGUAUUAGCACAAAACCCAACAGUUAUCCUUUUCUGUUUAAUGUUAACUCUUUCAUAUCCGCUUAGUUUUGAGCACUGUGUCCCCAGAUAUCCGAGGUAUCUGGGAGCGCUCGACAGUGCGAAAAAAUAAUUAUAUAGAAAAUUCAGCAAAAAUAUAAAUUUUAUGCCAACAAUGUUCAUUUUCUGUCUUUUUUUUUCUAAAUAUUAGUGUUUUAUGGUUGAAUAGUCAGAAUAAGAGUCCCAGCCCUCUAAAUACAAAAAAAUGUGAGUUAUAUAACAAAAAACAAAUAAUCUUUACUUAUUUUUAUACUUAUGUUCGUAACCCAAAAACUAUGAAAGUCAGGCGAAUGAAUUAUUUUUUAUGAGAAAGCCAAUAAAAUUAUCUAAAUAUCGACAUAUAAAUCAAUGGAAAACGAAUAAGUCCAGCCGGUGAAAAAAUUGAUAAAAAAGAGGGUAAGAAACAGAGCGCAGUACAUAGGGAUUUGAGCAUGCGCAGUACAGAAACUAGUUUGCUGGUGUAUUGAUAUUCGAGAUACACGGUCCAAGGUAUGAUCUAGCCUAUGGAAAUUGCUACUUGUCCGAAAAAAAAAAAAAUGCCCCUACCACACGCACAAAAAAUUUCGGUAAAUUUUACGUACUGCUACGAUUAGAUGGAUAGAUAGGGGAUAGAGUAUUUUUAUGUACUAGUACGUCAGUUGGACAUGAAAGGGUUAAUGUUAAUGCUGUAAUUUAACAUAUUGCUUGUGUUACCUAUGCAAUAUUGUUUUUGAUAUUAAAACCUUAGGCCACCUGAUGUUCAUGAUUUCAGUUGGGUGUUUUACCGGUAAAAAAAAUGUUUAUGUCUUCACUAUUCUGUCAGACAUUUUUUCCCUUGAGUAUUGUGGUAUUUAUUUAACAAGGCUAGCAGUUGAUAGGGAAGCCUAAACUUUUGGAGAUUAAAAUAUAUUUUAGCUUGGGCAAUCAUCAUCUUAAGAUGAUGCAAGCUCCUUUAGAUGUAUAUCACACAUUAUUAUUAUUGACUUACAAAAAUUCUUGUUCUGAGAAAUUUAAGAGACAAAAAGACUUUUUUUGUGUAGAUUAUUUAAUUAUAUUAUCAUCAACCAAAAAAUUCUGUAACUUUUAAAAGCUGCUCACAUUUCAUUUGAAGGAGGGUUACAAGCUCCUGAAUAAUAAAGAGUAUAUUAUUGUUUGAGAAUAUACUUGCAAAGUCUUUUUUUAUUAAUUAUUGUUAAAUCAAUCAUCAGAUCUUUAACUCAAAAGUUGUGACUUACUAUCUGUUGAUAUAAAAUGAACAUAUGAUUUUAAACUCCUGAUUUUAAAUUAUAAAACUAAUAUGCUAUUGUAAAUCAGAGGUUGAGGUUCAGGUUGCACCAAGGGCAGUUUAAUAUUUAGUUUUAAACUUUAUAUUAUUCUUUACUACCACUGAAAAGAAUUUUUUGCACUAUUAUUUUUGUUGAAUAUGGAAUAAGAUUUAGUGAUGUGAACUGGAGCUUUCAAUUAAUACAUUUCUGUAUUAUUUAACUCCAAAGUACAUGUUUACUGUAAAAUCAUUGCAAUAUAGGUAAUUGUCAUCCAAGGAGUAAAGGAAUUAUGUACAUAUUGUAUGUAUAAUAAAUAUAUAUUUGUAUUUCCCUAAAAAUUUGUUUAUUGUACAGUAGUUGUAUAGCUGAGCUUUUUUACUGUAAAUUAUUUAUACAAACAAGUGUUUUUUUAUAUGCAAUAUGAUGUUUAUAUUUAAUUUAUAAAUGGUAUUUUACCAGAGGUUGGUGUUGUUGAAAAAGCUACAUGCCAAAGUUAUCAGUUUUAAGAUAAUUUGCCAUAUGCAAAAGACAUUGAUUACAUAUGCAAAUCAUGAUUUUUUUUUUCCACAGCUGCAAACUUUGUCUUUAGAAUUUGGAAAAAGGUGGUUAUAUUCUUGGAUUGGAAUCUAAGUAGAUUAGGAAUCUUUUGUAGUGGACAUGAGUACAAAGUUUUCCCUGUUAAGUGCUGCAAUGGGUCUCAGGUAUGUGGCCAGGAGGACUUUGAUGAAGGCUUUAGAUUAUAUUCACAGAAAACAAGUAGCUUGCUGAUAAAACAGUAGCUUUGUUAAAUAUUGGGUAUAAGUUUGGGUCUUUUGUUGAUGUCAUACCUUUAAAAUAAUUGAAUCAGCUUAAAUUUUCUGUCAGGGAAGUGUUGAAGCUUUGCUUAUUAAAUGUGAAGCAUUGUUCCUAAAAAAUUAUUUUCUACUCCUCAAAUCGUUCCAGUAUCUUACAUAUAAACUAAAAAAAAAUUAUGAAGGUGUUCUCUUGUGCAGCAAGUCACAGGCUUGAAUUACUUGAAAAGUGACUUAAAAAAUUUUUGUUGGUUAUACAAAAUAAUUUAUAAAAUAGAAAAUUAAUAGACUGAUAUAAUUUUUUACUUUUUUAAAUAUUUAAUUGUAUGAGUGCCAUUUUGUACCACUCUACUGGUAUCAGUGCCUCUGUGAUUAUUGUAAAUGUAAUUAGUCCUCCGGGUUCUAUUCACGGGAGAUGAUACCAGCAUGGCAGGGACAUUAAAUAUUAUGUCUUGCACAUUUUUUGUUUUCUUCUCACUUUUUUUUAGCAUUUUUGUUGUAUAUAAUGUACAGCAUUAAUAUUUGAGAGGAAUCCAGUAUCAUUGUGCCUUAUGUCUUCUAAAAUAUGUACUACUAGGGUUUUUGGGUUUUUUUUUUUUGUACAGAUUUGACUGGAAAGGCAAAUGUAGGGUAUGUUUAACAUUUCAUCAGAUGAAAAUUAAAGGUAGUAAAUUGGAAACAAUUGAAAUAAUGUACUUGGAGUUUUCUUCUUUUUCUCUUCAUCUUUUAUUCAUCUGGAUGCCUCUAGUCAUUGUGGUUUUUAUAAGUAAUUUAGUUUAUCAAACAAUUAUUAUGUAUAAAGAAUUUAUAAAUUAUAGUAAAAUCCUUUUAAA